AUGGGCACGAAACGACAACGGGAAGAGGGGGAGGAUGGGAGUGAAAAGUGCCGCGUGUACUUUUCUUACGGUGACUGGAACGCCCUUGUGACGCUGUACAGGCCAUUGGCCUUUGAUACGUUAGAUCCGGAAACUUUUCCGGGACUCACUUUCUUCUUUGCACCACGUGUGGUUGGCGUAAUGAAUGGUCACUACGUGCUUUCCCUUAACGGCGUGAACCGACCGUGUGACCAUCUGCUUAGGCAACGGCCAUGGCUUCCCUGCAGCUACCACGGACCUUUCCGAUGCUCCUGUCAUGCCUUGGAACAAAUUGCACGUGGGGUGCGACAGCUGGAGCGAGAAUUAACGUUUUUACCAAGGCGUCUUGCGCUGCGGGUGACUAAGGCGGGCAAACACGAGACAGCACCGUUUAUCUACAUGGACAACUUAACACGUGCAGCCACUAUUUGCCUCUGCGGUCUUCCUCUACCACAGACUGUGCUUGGCCCAAUGACACUGUGUCUGUUGGACGAUGAGUAUUCAAUUGCCCGGGCGAUAUCGUCUGCCUUCAGCGAGAGCCACCGGAAAAUGAAUGCGGGGACAAAAUGCGUCCUCUGCGCAGCUGAAACAGAUAGAACCUGUAGUGUAUGCGGGUGUUGGGUGUGUGCAAAGUGCGACAUCCAAUGCUGCUCAUGCGGAAAGAAUGCCUGUAAGGCGUGUGUUGUGAAUAUUGAAGAAAUACCGACAAAAGAAGAAGAAUACUGCCUUAAUUGUUACUCUUUGUAG